GCUGUAUUGCUGCCCGUAAAUAGAAUAACAAUUUAAUAACAAUUACAUAUUGAACAAAGAUCUUUUGGCAAUACUUGUUCGGCUUAUCGUGCUGAUAAGCUAGAUACGACUAGAUAGUGCAAGCUCUAAAUUUUGACAAAGAAAAGUGCUCGGUGUUGUUCAAUCUGUGGACCAUCUAGAACCGGUUUAUUGGUGUUCAUAUUUCGAAUGACGUGUAAUUUCAAGCGCCGCUAAAUCCAAACAGACUUUUGUUAGAAUUAUUAGUAUACACUGCCAAGUUGGAACUUUUGCAGCCUCUGGCGUUUACUCAGUAAGUAAACAAAACCGAUCAUCUGCAGCACAUAGUUCGAUUAGACGAAGUCAUUACGUGUCGAGUAGGUGAAUCAGUUAGUCAUAAUGGGAGCGGCUGGUAAUAUGCGGGCAUUAAUACUGGUUGGGGGAUACGGAACGCGGCUACGGCCUCUGACGCUGAGUACCCCAAAACCACUGGUAGAAUUUGCCAACAAACCUAUCCUUUUGCAUCAAAUUGAAGCACUUGUUGAAGCCGGCGUCAAUCAGGUGAUUUUGGCUGUAUCCUACCGUGCCGAACAGAUGGAAGUUGAGUUGAAACAAAAGGUAGAACGACUAGGCGUGAAACUAAUAUUUUCACACGAAACCGAGCCACUGGGGACGGCCGGUCCCCUGGCGUUGGCGAAAGACGUGCUUGCUGAGAGCUCUGAACCAUUUUUCGUGCUUAAUUCCGACGUCAUCUGUGACUUUCCGUUCAAGGAGCUGGAACAAUUUCAUCGAAGGCACGGCAAGGAAGGUACUAUCGUCGUUACCAAAGUCGAAGAGCCGUCCAAGUAUGGCGUUGUGUUGUACUCCGAAAAUGGGUGCAUUCAAAAUUUUAUCGAAAAACCUCAGGAGUUCAUCAGCAACAAGAUCAAUGCUGGAAUGUAUAUUCUAAAUCCAUCGGUGCUGUCGCGAAUACAACUGAAGCCGACAUCGAUUGAGAAGGAGGUAUUUCCGGUCAUGUCCAAGGAGAAGCAAUUGUAUGCGUUCGAGUUAAAUGGCUUUUGGAUGGAUAUCGGACAGCCGCGUGAUUUCCUGACAGGAAUGUGCUUGUACCUGAAUUCGGUUCGCCAGCGACAACCAGAGCUGCUGUACGAUGGUCCCGCCAAGUUCGUUGGCAAUGUACUGGUUGAUCCUAGCGCCAAAAUUGGCGCCGGCUGCCGGAUCGGACCGAACGUUACCAUUGGGCCGGAUGUGAUCAUCGAAGAUGGAGUUUGCAUUAAACGGUGUACAAUUCUGCGGGGUGCCGUUAUCAAGUCCCACUCGUGGCUGGAGAGUUGCAUCAUCGGAUGGCGCUGUAUAGUGGGCCGAUGGGUAAGAUUGGAGGGAACUACCGUGCUCGGUGAGGACGUUAUUGUACAGGAUGAAAUCUUCAUCAACGGAGGCCAAGUGUUGCCUCAUAAAAGCAUAGCGGUAAGUGUUCCCGAACCGCAGAUAAUCAUGUAGAAAGCACCUGCAGGUGGGAAACUAUGCGAGCAAUUAUCUUUCGUGUCAUCAUGCGAAGCCACAUGUGCCGAUCUCGCUUUCUAUAUUAGUCGUUUACAAAUUAUUUUUAAUCGUUUCUAUUUUUUCCUGGUACAAUAUCAAAUUCACCGAGGGAACAGACAUGGUGGCAUUUAUUUCGUAUUUAUAAUUUUGAUUCUUUAUUUUGAAACAAGAAAAAUUGGUUAUUUUAUUUACCCAUGUAUGUGUGCAUUCCAGUCUAAAAUAACACAUGAAUCGAGUAUCUCGUUGAAUCAAACAAUUUUA